AUGGUCCGCAACAUCCACAUCGCAGUCUUGGACGUCGAUAUCCCUGCUCGUCCUCUGUACGAAGCAAGAGGCCUCUGCAGCGCCCACUUCCGCGACAUCCUACGCGAAACAGCAGCCCACCUUAAUAACACACACCCGGAUAACACAAACCCUGUCAAUAUCACCGUUACGGCAUUCGACAUCCGCGGAGGUCAUUAUCCUGAAUUCGAGCACCUGCGCGGAAGUGCCGCCCAAAGCCAGCAGCAAUGGCCCGUCCUCAACCCCGUCGACGCAAUCCUGAUCACAGGCGGCUCGCCCGGCGUGUAUGAAAUGACCCACUCGCCCUGGAUGCAGGUUCUGGAGAAAUUCAUCAAAAACGUCUACGACAACUACCCCGAAGUCCGCAUUAUGGGUACCUGUUUCGGCCACCAGCUUAUUUCUCAUGUUCUUGUUCGCGCGCCGGAUGACCCCGUUCGCGAUGUGUAUGUUGAGAAGUGCCCUCUUGGAAGGGAAGUUGGUAUCUAUACUGUUCAGUUGAACGAGGAAUUCGUGCGCUCGUUCCCGACUGCGCUCGGUCAUUUGCCUGAGAAUAAGUUGCGGAUUCAGAUGUUCCACGGUGAUCGUGUUAUGGCCGUUGAGAAGGGUGUUGCGGUCUCGCUGAGCGAGUCGCCGCCUGUUUCUCUUCCGGCACCGUGGAUUAAUAUUGGAAGUACGCCUAUUUGUCCUAUUCAGGGACUUUACAGUCCUGGACGGGUCCUUUCGGUCCAGGGACAUUAUGAGAUGGAUGCGUUUGGCUUGUCACAGAUGUGUAUUGAGGCUGCUCCGGUUAUGGGGUGGAAGGAUUCAAAGUUGGCGCUCUUCUUGGAGCAGGUUGGGCCUGAUCUCGUGGAUCGUCAGGAUGAUGCUAAGGCUUUUGCGUCGGCCGUUGUUUGUUUCUUGGCUGAUCUCGAAUGA